AUCGUCACCCAAAGAUACAGCAGGGACGCCAACAACAAAAACAUCGAGGGUUUUGAACUGCGGGAACUGCAGGAGGCACCGAGAGCCCACGCGCGUUUCUCUCUCAUUUCCUUGCUGAAUAUCGAUGGCGACAACAACCACAAUAAGUGGUGGAGGCGGUUCCGGUGGUGCCGGUGGGGAGGACCGGGUCAUGGCGACGGCGCAGCAAAUCGUGAAGAGUUUGAACACCACCAAGGAAGUGACGGAGGAUAUGCUGUUGAUCUUCUCCAGCUUUGACAACCGGCUCUCGAACAUUUCGAAUUUGAUCGAAACGAAGACGGAGGUGGACCAGUUCGAGGCGGCGGAGAAGGUGAUUAUGAGGUGGGACUCGAACUCGGAGGCGUCGAGGCACACGCUACCGUGGGACGAGGCGCCGGAGGAGGCCGCCGAGUAUUUGGCGGCGGUGGACGAGAUCUUGCAGAUGACGGAGGAUUUGGCGAUUCGAUCGGACGGCGAGAUGAUGGAUCGCGCCGAGAGUGCGCUCCAGGUGGCGAUGACGAGGCUGGAGGACGAGUUCCGCCACAUACUGAUUCGGAACACGGUGCCGCUCGACGCUGACAGGCUGUACGGGUCGAUUCGGCGGGUUUCACUCUCGUUUCCGACCAACGAGGGGGAGAUUAUGGGGGAUUUCGACAGCUUCGUUGAUGAUGAUCAGGAAAAUAGCUGUUAUCACGAGAGAGGAGGGAGUUUGGGGGACGAUGUGUGUGUGGAUUUGAUUCAGCCGGAUGCGGUGGCGGAAUUGAAGGAGAUUGCCGAUCGGAUGAUUAGGUCUGGGUACGAGAAGGAGUGUUGUCAGGUUUAUAGCAGUGUUCGGCGCGAUGUUUUGGACGAGUGUUUGUCGAUUCUCGGUGUUGAGAAAUUGAGUAUUGAGGAAGUUCAGAAGAUUGAGUGGAGGUCAUUGGAUGAGAAGAUGAAGAAAUGGAUGCAAGCUGUGAAGAUUGUUGUUAGGGUUCUUCUGUGGGGUGAGAAGAGGCUCUGUGACCAAGCUUUUAGUGGCUCCGACUUGAUUAAGGAGGUUUGCUUCACUGAGACUGCCAAGAGUUGUGUGAUGCAGUUGUUGAAUUUCGGUGAGGCUGUUGCCAUUGGGAGGAGAUCCUCUGAGAAGCUUUUCCGCAUACUCGAUAUGUAUGAUGCCUUGGCAGAUGUGUUGCCAGACUUGGAAGCCUUGUUUUCAGAUGAGUUGGGGCAGUUUGUCUGGAGUGAGGCCCGAGGAGUGCUGGCAGGCCUGGGGGAAGCGGCAAAGGGAACGUUUGCAGAGUUUGAGAAUGCAGUUCGCUCUGAGACAUCCAGGAGACCCAUUCAAGGUGGUGAAAUUCACCCUUUAACACGCUAUGUGAUGAAUUAUGUGAAGUUGGUUGUGGAUUAUAGUGAGACCCUCAACACUCUUUUAGAAAGUGAAGAUGAUGAUGAAUCAGAUCAUUUGCAAAACCGUGAUGGGGAUAAUUUGCAGUUAGGAAAUACACCCCCAAUUGGGCGUAGGUUGUUGUUGUUGAUGUCAUGCCUGGAAUCCAACCUCACAGAGAAAUCAAAGCUUUACGAGGAUAAUGCAAUGCAAUAUAUUUUCUUGAUGAACAACAUUCUUUACAUAGUUCAGAAAGUGAAAGACUCUGAGCUUGGCAAGAUUUUGGGAGAUCACUGGGUCCGGAAGCGUCGUGGACAGAUUCGCCAAUAUGCCACUAGUUAUCUCAGAGCUUCAUGGAGCAAGGUCCUGGCUUGUCUCAAGGAUGAAGGCAUUGGUGGGAGCUCAAGCAAUGCCUCCAAGAUGGCCCUUAAAGAAAGAUUUAAAAAUUUCAAUGCAUGCUUCGAAGAUAUUUAUAGGAUCCAGACAGCUUGGAAGGUCCAUGAUGCCCAACUCAGGGAAGAGCUUCGAAUUUCUAUAUCAGAAAAGGUAAUUCCCGCCUACCGUUCAUUUAUGGGUAGGUUUGGGAAUAAUCUAGAGAGUGGAAGAAAUGCUGGAAAGUACAUCAAAUACACACCUGAGGAUCUAGAGAACUACUUGUUGGAUUUAUUCGAAGGAUCAUCCCUUGUUCUGCACCAUAUGAGAAGAAAAACUGCAUAGCUUACAGGACUAUCCAGACAGGUAAGCCCAUGGCUUGAAGGAGUAGUUGGAGUUCAGCUUGGGUACCAAAUGUAGCUUGAUGAUAUGCUGUUUGUUUCAUUGGUGUUAAUGAUAAAAGCACAGGUUUUUGUGAAAGUUAGCCAGGCGCGCUUUAUAUACUGUAAUAACUUUGUACAUGUUUUAUAGAUCCUGUAUGUGUUUAUCUUGUUAUGGUCAUGUAUUUAUUGUCAUGGAUCAAAAUUAGAGUUGAUCUUCAAAUUUGCAAUCACAGUUGAAUUAAUAUUGUGACCAUGAUUUUAUUACA